CAGCAGCUCUCUCCACGCAGCCACACCGCGGCUGCUGUCCGCGUUUCCGAUGCGUAAUAACCCUCAAGAAGACGCGUCUUUUCUCCAGAAGCAGGCAGAGGAGACAUGACACCGGACACAGCGUCUCUGUGUCCCGGUGGCUCAAAGUAACCGGUGCCGCCGGUUUGAAUCGACUUCACCUGAGGGGAUUGUGUUUGCUCGCCAGACUCGUCGGUAGCUUUCUGCUCUGGGACGAAACCGAGGAGGAAGAUGUGGAUAUUUCACGGUGCCAACAGUUCAGUGCGUCUUUCCUCCACUUGGACCCAGUGGUGCUUGCGUUACGCUGCGGUGUUGUGUUUGUUGUGUUCGCCCGUCAGGACGGAUGACGCGUGUCCUUCCUCCUGCGUCUGUGCCAGAGACUCGGGGACGGUGACCUGCCGUGACGGGGAGGACACGGAGGUACCGUGGGACAUACCGGAGUGGACGUCCACCCUGAUCCUCCGGGGGAGGAACAUCUCAACUUUACAGCGCGGUGCGUUCAUGAGCAACGGCUCGGAGUUGGACAUGACGACUCUCUCCCUGUCCUAUAACGGGAUACAGGCUAUUGAGCCUUACGCCUUCCUGGGGCUCCCCCGGUUGCAUUUGCUGGACCUGAGCCACAACCAGCUGGAGCUGAUCUCAUCCAGAGCUUUCCAUGGAUUACCUGAUCUGCGCUCUCUUUACCUGAAUAACUCUGUUUUACCUUCAGCCGCAGCGCAGCUCUCUGACGCGCUUGACACACAAACUUUGCAAAACCUGCACAGACUGGAGCUGGCGGGGAACAGACUGAGGUCUAUACCAAUGCUGAGGUUGGACAUCUACAACCUGCACGCCUUGGUGCUGGUGAAUAACUCCAUAGAGAGCAUCGGCUGGGAAAACGUGACCAACAUGUACCAGCAAACGCGCCUACGUGUCUACUUGGCAUUGAACCCGUUCCGGUGCAACUGUGGACUGGAGGCGUUUUACUACUGGCUGAAGAACUCGUCCCAGUGUGCGGAUUCAGGGCAUCUCCUGUGCAGCGAGCCGGAGGCCAAGAGGGGGGUCCCCGUGGAGAUGCUCCGGGAAGACGACAUGGAUUGUAUGAACGAGAACCUCGAGGCGGUCUCCUACGUGUUCCUCGGGUUAGUGCUGGCUCUGAUUGGGGUGGUGUUUCUCAUGGUGCUCUAUCUCAACCGUGGGGGCAUCAAACGGUGGCUCAACAACAUCAGAGACGCGUGCAGGGACCAGAUGGAGGUCUACCAUUACCGCUAUGAGCAGGACUCAGACCCCAGACUGGCCAACGUAGCUGUUUAACACAAUGAACCCGAUGAAACAUGAGUGAGGAGACGUGGAGUGUUUCAGGAGGGAUGUCCAGCUGGGAAAAGUACUUCAUACACAAAAUACUGAGGUCAUUCCCUGGCUGUGUCCUGUCACAAGCAAAAAUCGAUCGUUUUUAAAACCAUUUUCAUCAUUCUCAGCAGCUGGAACAUUAACUGUAAGUGGUGUCCCUCUCACUGUGGGAUAUUCACAGAGCCAAAGACAGUGAAAUGACUAUAAAGCUGUUUUCAGAUAUAAACUUCGCAGAAUCGGUUCCUUGAGACUUUCUCUGGAGUUUGUCUUUCACACAUGAACAACGCAGCAGGAGAUUCUCCACUCAAUUGUUUCGGUGAAGGGGGGUGCAGCAGGCAGAAGCAGGACGUAAAGUAGGCUAUUCAUUUCGGGUUUUUUUACAGCACACUGACACAGGCAUUGGUUCCUAUCACCUGAAGCUCUCUUCACAUCUUCGUCGGAGUCUUCUACAUGUAUGGCAGCACUUUUCAUCCUGGGGUAUUUGUAUUCUUUUUGUUUUUUAUCAUUUCUGCAUCUGUCAUGUGUUAGAAAUUUCCUCAACACGCCCUCUCGCUCUCUGCGAAUCCUUAGGAGAAUCUCCUGCUGUGGUCCCACGUGGACUCAUCUGGACAUUCUCUGGAGUUCUUACUAGGGGACUGGCUGGAUACACUCCAGACAAAGUCCAGAUCAUCUCACUUGGACAUUUGCCUUCUCAUAUAUCCGCCCCUCCGGAAUGUGUCCGGAGAUUCUGCGGAGUUCAGUGAAUGUCUGAAAGCAGCUUUGAGACCAUGAAGUGUUCAACUUGCACAACUUCUAAGCAGUAGCCUAUUGUACAUAUUGUAUAUAAGCAUCCUCUCAAGAGAGCUACGCUUUUCACUCAUCACGUUAACUCACGCAGUCUACAGCAGCUAAUCAGACUAACUUAGGCCUAUUUAUCUUAUUUAUCAAGGGACAGCUAUACAGUAAUGGUACAUUGAAUUUCUGAUGCUGGAAUGAAACGAUGAAUCAGUGCAGCCCUUAUAAACUGUGUAAUAGUCUCUAUUCAGGACACCCUGCAGGGAGAACAAGGCAUUUCUGCGGAUGAUCUACUGGUGGAGUGAGGCUGACAUGUUUCGUCGGAGUGCCAUGUUCGUGCAAGCAGGUGACGCCGGAGCAAGCUGUCAUGUUUCAUCAUCGACCCCAUGGGAUAGGUUACCAACCCUGUCUUCGUGAGCAGUGGUCGAUCUCUGGAAAUAGCCCACGUGUGUGUAUCAUUUGACAUGAGGUCAGUUUAUCAGUGAAGGGGCUAAAGAGGAAGAGACAAAGUCUAACCAUGCAUGUGAUUGUUGUAGACAUAGGAAACCAACCAAAACGUGAAUAAAAAGGUCAAAUACAAAAUGGUGAGUUAGCAGUGUUCUUUAUGUCAGUGCUAUUUACCGUCACUGUCAGGGAAUGUUGACUUCACGCAGCACCGUGCCAGGCGUUAAACACAGGAAGUGGUUCCCUAUUGUGUUUUGUAAAAGGAAAUAAAGUUGUACAUUUGGUAGAAGAAGGUGUGAGAGUGUGUCUGUGCGUGUGUGUGUGUCUGUGCGUGUGUGUGUGAGCUCUCCGUGACUCAUAGUCUGGACUAUUGUAAGAUCGUGACCAGCUCUGCGCUAAUGAAAUAAAGUAAAAGACAAUUUCUCAUCUGCCUGAGUUUUUGUUGGGAAGAGGGAAAUAUGGUUUUAAUCUAA